UGGGAAAAAAAAGGGCCCAUCUGCUAACUGCUGUAGGUAACUGCUGGACUCCACUGUUGGGAACGUCGGAGAGAAAGCGCGGGAACCAGAGGUUCGAUGGCGGGUUGGUGACGGUGGAUUAUUGCCUGCAACGACGAUGAACAACAGCGAAUCCUUAUCGGAAAUGGAAAGGGGAGCCCUAGUUACCAUAGAUCUGAAGCGAGAUGGUGUUCAGGAUCUUACAGACCAACUUCAUCACCUUCCCUGCUGCAUCAAAUCCACCGGUCCUGCCUCCGUUUCGCACUAUUUCAAACCCAAGUCUACUGGGAUUGAAGUCGAGGGCUUACCGCUACAGGAAGCGUACUUCAGAGGCAGGAAGUUAGAUGGAACAACGAUCCUUCUCCCCAGUGGAUAUCGCGGCUUUGUAUUAGGAAAGAAAAGCCAGGAUGAGAAGAAUUCAUCUGCUGCUUCUUACUCUGAAAACUCAAAUUCCUGGGAGAUGAAGGCAACGUUUCAAAACAUUACAUACUGGAACCAUGAUUGCCUUCCUUCACAGAACGAUGAUUUCAUGCGUGCUUUCCAUUGGCUUACUAUUGCAAAGGCUCUGCACACUCCUGUAACAUCUGAGGAUUUAGCUUCAACAUCGUCCGCUCUCUAGAGACGCAGCUGGUCUGGUAGGAAGUGUUGUGAGCAUAUAAACUUUCUGCCUAUCUAUUGACGUAAUUUAUGGAUAUAUGUAAUCUUCAAUGUUAGUUUGUUGGGACAUUUUACUUUUAUGUAUCUGCAUACCUAUCUCCGUCAAUAGUAAAUUUCAGUUUCUUAUCUUCUAGCUUGGAAAAA